UUUGCUCGGGCAGCAAAAUCUCUUGGAGCCGGAGCACUUAUUGUAAACCCACGGAACAUUAGUGAAAUAUCUAAUGCAAUUCAACAAGCUUUGACUAUGCCUGCAGAAGAAAGAGAAAAACGCCACUUGUAUAACUUCGAUUAUGUGACGUCUCAUACUGCUCGACAUUGGGCUGAAUUCUUCACAAGAAAAUUGACCAACACUGUUAUUGAAGCAACGCAAAGGAUAAGAAAAAAUAUUUCUCCGCCUUUUUUUAGCGAGGGAAUCAAUACUUACUUGCAGUCUGAGAACCGACUCCUGAUACUA